UUUCUUCAUGCUUUUCCCAAUUUUCAGUCAAGGCUUCUCCAAAGUUCCAUCUCUGUUCAUUGACUUAACACUUCCGAACAUUUGCUGAAAGCGGGAGCUGUUUACGAGCUCAGUGGGCUUGAUCUUACGAGAAGCAACCACCACUUCAAGUAUCGCCAGUCGACAUACGCUUCAUUGACCUAACUAAGUUUGUUGAGAUUCCGUUAGGACCUUCUCCAUUACCUCUGGAGCUCUUUAGGUUCAUGAACAACUCAUGGCAUUGGCAAACACAAAUACCGAAUUUCCAGACAUCAUAGGGCAUAAUGGCGACCAUCCAAAAUGACAGAUCUACUAUUGUCCGUCUAAGUGUCUUUGACGUGCAGGCCAGCCAACUUCACCAAAAGUUAGAUGAUGUCGGUGUGAAGCCUAAGGUCAUUAUCGCAAUGAGCACUAACCAAAUGUUGAAAGUGUGUAUGUCAAUCAACAGCAUCGCUUUAGCUGAAAUGGAAUUCCCACAAGCAUACCUUGAAGCUCUUCCAGAGAACGGGAGGCCAUGCCUUGGAGAUUUUCUUAUAGAAACAUCACGUCUGAUAACUUCUCAGCAGAUUACUUGCUUGGAGUCAAGAGAUAUUUCUUCUGGCCACCCCCAAUAUUUUUAGCAAUAAUAAGAACAACAAAACCACGUGCCUCCUCCUACAAAUUUCUACUCUUUUGGUAUGGUUCCAAGUGGUAGCAGCCAUAAAAAUAACCGGAGUAGUAAUCAGAGUUUGUAUUUCAACGUCGUCUCCGGUGAGAUCCUCCACGGGAAGGUUCACGGUAACCAGGCAAGGAAGCUUGAAUUGCCAAGACUGUGGGAAUCAAGCCAAGAAAGAUUUUCCUCAUAUGAGAU